AUGGUUGCCAUUACUCCAGCCAUUAUUACUAGCCUGUCCAUCCUUGGGAUGGUUCAGAGUGCCAUUGCCGUCUCUGCCACCGAGGCUGAUUCCUUGGCCGUCGUGCGAGGCAUCUCUGACACCUUGUCCGAGGAAGUUUACCACGACAAGCGUGCCACGGGUAAGCUUCCUAAGCCUAUCCGUAAGGUUGCAGGAGCCGCCCUCAAGGUCGCUUCGAAGCUUCCUGGCAAGAAGCACCUCAAGGCUGCUGCUGGCGGCGCCGAGAAGAAGCUUGUCAAGGCAUCCAUCUCUGCCUCAAAGACGAAGAACAAGAUCAAGAAGAAGCUUGGAAAGCGUGACCUCGAGGAGCUGGAGGUCUACUACAACACGCGGGCCACGGGCAAGCUUCCUAAGCCUAUCCGAAAGGCUGCAGGGGCCGCCCUCAAGGUAGCUUCAAAACUUCCUGGAAAGAAGCACCUCAAGGCGGCUGCUGGCGGCGCCGAGAAGAAGCUUGUCAAGGCAUCCAUCUCUGCCUCAAAGACGAAGAACAAGAUCAAGAAGAAGCUUGGGAAGCGUGACCUUGAGUCCGGUGAUGUGGAGUUCCUCGUGGACCGUGACGUGCUUUCUGAGCUCAUCGCUCGCUCCGUCGCCGAAAAUUUGGACUCUGAGAUUUACUUUGAUAAACGCGCCACAGGCAAGCUUCCCAAGCCCGUCCGAAAGGUUGCAGGGGCCGCCCUCAAGGUCGCUUCGAAGCUUCCUGGCAAGAAGCACCUCAAGGCUGCUGCUGGUGGUGCUGAAAAGAAGCUCGUGAAGGCAGCCAUCUCUGGCUCAAAGGCGAAGAACAGCAUUAAGAAGAAGCUCGGUAGCAAGCGAGGCCUUGGUGAGGAUUAUGAUGUUGAAGUUCGUGAUUUUGACGACGAGGUCUCAUGGGAGUAA